AGUGGCUCUCUAGUCCUCUCCACCUCCUUCGCAGACCGGGGAACCGGCCCAGGAAAAGAAGACCCGGCGGUCUCUCUCGGAUCUCCUCGUGAGUGGCCCCCCAUCUCGACUCGUCGCGUGAGCCCGUGGCCCGUGGCGGCGCACCGGAGCCGGUGAAUCGCAGACGUGGUGGAGUGGCGGGCGACAGGCGGGUGGCGGCGGCGGCGCGGUGAGCAGCUCCUGCGCAAGCGGGCGCGGCCAAAUCGAGGAGAGGGGGGCAGCGGCACGGUGGCGCGGGCGCCGGCCAGGGCCAGGGACUGCCGCUCCUACGCAGUGCGCACGGGGCAGGCUGCUGAGCCAGCCAGAGCCAGCAGGUCUAAACGAUAAAAUAUACUUCAGCAUAUAAGCUGGUGUGCUUGUUGCUGCUUUCAGAGCCGAUCAUGAAUACUACUCAGAAAGUUGAUCCGGUGGAACCAUCUGCUAAGGUUUUCAAACAAGCCUCACAGUUCAAAAGAUGGGGGCGAAAACAUCCAUUUGUUCGAUAUGGGUUACCACUCAUUUCCUUGACAGUGUUUGGAGCAGUUGGGCUGGCGCAUCUUAUACAGGGCAGCAAAGAAGUAACAAAGGAAAAGGAGGAUAUCGAAUGGGAGGUUGUAGAAACAACAAAAGCUUUAAGCCGAACAGGGCCAGUGGAAGGGGCUUAUAAGCCCAAGAAGCUCUCUCUAGAGGAUGAACUGAAGGCUUUGCAGCAAAAGGUUGACAUAAACAGCUACGACUACAAGCCGAUCCCAAAACCCAAUGAAAAAUAAGUGAAGUAUAGCAUAGCAUCGUUUACCAGCAUCAGGGGUGGAAGUUUUUUUGAUAGUUUCUUCUUGUUGUUGUUUCAAAAGUUCUGUAUGAGUGCACGGUGCUGACCAAAGUUUGAGAUUAGAAGAGGGUUGCUUCAGCAUCAUGUAUCAUCAGAACUUUAUAUUUGUGCUCCAUUAGCCACCAGUUGUAGUCUUGUAGAGAAUUACAGCGAGCCUACUUGAUGGAAUUAUCUGUAUUGUUACUCUUCUGAGAUUUCUGAGAUGCUCUGAUACAGACAUGAGUGAAUAAGUUGUGAACAGACAUACGAUUCUGACAAGUGAAAUAUCACUUUUCGUGUA